GCGGACCACCAACUACUAACUCUCAUUUAGUUUAAAGCGCGUCCGCGUCGCGUAUGAACGUCUCUCGUACAAAUUGUUUCAGCGAAUCGUUAGUGCUUGUCGAGUUUUGAAUGAGAGUGAUGAGUGCUGUGUAGUUUUUAAGCAACUUUUCAUUUUAUUGAUCAUGACGUGACAUAAAAGGCCGAAAUGGAAGAACAAAAUUCAAGUAAAGUUAGCGGCCUUCCUCCAUCUGGCUCUGACGUCAGUGAAACGAUUUCUAACGGUGACGGAUAUUUAGGAAAUAAAACAAAUAAUACAAGUGAUAAUUCAGUUGUAGUGAUUAAAGAAGAAAGCGGUAUUAGUAUUGAAACUUUAGAGGGCUGUCAUAAUGAAAGUAUAAAUUUAAAACAAUCAUUUGUGGAAAAUGGGUCUUGUGAAGCGAUUGAUGUGCGGUCAAUUAGUGACCUUGAUAGUUUGCCGGUUGGAGAUGAGUUAGCACUCGGUGCAGCUGGAAGUGAUAGUGGUGUCGAGGGUUGUGGUCGAGCUCUUAGUAGUGGUGGAGGAUCCCGUUCUUGUGCGUCCAGUGUUGUCUCUUGUGGUUCAGGCUGUGGAUCUGAAAGCUCAUCCUUAGCCGGUGCUCCGCCUCGUCCCCGUCGUCGAGUUAAUGUAACUGUGACGGAACCAAAAAGAAGUUCACCCGUCGGUACGUCAACUCCUCGUCCAGCGACAGCACCUCGUGGACCUAACCUGGCAACUCGUGAACGGGCAAGAAGUCGAGAAAAACCAACACCACCAGAAAAACCCAGACCACUGACACCCAAACCACGCAUUCGUCCAACUGCAGAUCUUCCCAAUCUGGUCCGCGAGAGUCCAGCUUUACGUGCCAAACCUACAAAAACUUCCACUGCUAGAUGUAGAACACCAAAUUCCCCUGUUGACGAGAAAAAAUGGCCUACUAACGGACAACGACUCCCUAUUGCAACUGAUGCAUCUGCUACUCGAGUAGCAGCAGAUAAAUAUGGCACAUUACCAAGGAGAAGGCGAGAUGUUGAUCCAGAUUCAUCUCCAAAACACGAAAAUACACCACCUUCCCGGAGACCCACUGUAGCUCGUUCCGUAUCUUCUCGUUCUGUGACGAAGACGCGGGUUAGGAUUUAUGCCGAAAAAGUUUCGCAGACUGUUUUGUGUGGAACCGAUAUCGAAUCGGCUUUUGCAGGAAUCGUGCCAAAUAUUGAGAGUCGCAUAGAUGUCACUCGCUGUCAUCGUGGUGUUCAAGCGAGCUCUCGCGACACUGAAAACGCGCGUCUGGUUGCGGCUGCCGUCGCGGCUGAGGCUGCAGCGACUGAAGAACGAGAGAGGAGGCAUCACGCUGAGGCACAGCUGGCUGCCGAACGUUCUGCUAGACUAGCGGCCAUAUCUGAACUGGAUAGGAACUCACAAAGACUGCUGGAACUUGCCGGCGCUGGCGCCGGUUCCAAUGCAGACGGUUGUCUUCGUGCUUUAGAAGAACAGUUGCGAGCGGCUGGCGAGCUCGCUACGAGACAGCGCGGCGAGAUCGACGCAUUACGGGAGCACUGUGACAAGUUACAUGCGGAGGCGUGCCACGGACGGGAGUCGUCUCGUGUGCUGUCGGCGCGGCUGGCGGAAGCCGAGCGAGAGGCGGCAGAGAUGCAGGACUUCCUCGCCGCGGAGACCGGCGCGCUCGGGGACUCGCUGCGGGACGCGGAGGCCGAAGUCGCGAGGCUCAGUGCCGAGCUUGAGCGCAGACGUGGUGAAUGCCGACAACUGGUGCGCAUGUGCGAGCAGCGACGCCAGGAGGCGCUGGCGGCGGGCGCGCGCGCGCGCGGCGGGGCGGGCGCGGCGGCGGCGCUGGACGCGCUGUCGCGGCGCCUGCGCGCGCUCACCGAGGCCGUGCGCGCCGCCUACUCGCUGCCGCACCACGCGCUGCAGCCCACCGUGUACCAUAAUGAAGCUUAUUGCAGCCGCAGCGACAGCGGCGAGACCCUGUCCCCGGAGGACGAGGCUCGCGGCGGGCUGCUGGGCGCGGUGGCCCGCGCACUGCGCUCGGCCGCCACGCCGCUCGCACAAACGGCGGCGCCCGCGCACGCGCACGACGACGAGCGCUCGCGCAUGUCCGACGACAACGACAACUCCGCCGACCUGCUCGACUCGGAGACGGAGCCCUGUCUCGUUACUGAUCCAGAAUACGCGGAGGAAUGGUGGUCGGGCGCCGAAGGUGCGGGCGCCUGGAGCGGCGAGGAGCUGUCGCCCGAAAGAGAGUCCUGCGGGGAUAUCGAUAAAGAGGCUGACGCGUCGGUGGAGGCGGAGGCCGACGGGUCGGGCUCGGGCUCGGGCUCGGGCUCGGCGGAGUGCGCGUCGGAGCGCGAGUCGCUGCGCGCGCUGUCGGCCGCCAUCGCGGCGCGCCAGCGCUGGGAGGCGGCGGGCGAGCGCGCGGCGCGCGGCGCGCUGCUGGACCGCGUGCUGGCGCUGGACGUGCGCCUGGCCGAGCUGCUGCGCGCGCUGGCCGCCGCCGCGCUGUCGGCCGGCGCCGCGCGCUCCGCCGACCUGCCCGCCGCCGCGCUCGCGCACGCCCUCCGAGAUAAAAUCGAAGUGACCGAGAAGAAUGUAGCAGAUGUCGUGGUCAAAAAGCUGGCCGAGCUCGACGCUUGCAAAAACCUCAUGGAGCAAUACCAACAGUCUAUAGAAGUAUUUACACCAUUCAGGGCCUGCUUGGCGAUCUCGAGUCAAGAAUAAAACGUCAAGGCAUUAAAAAGUCAGCUCGCCCAACACGGUGAGGAGGAUGAAAUGAAACUGUUCGAACAG